AUGGCGAAGGUUGGCCGCAUACAUCAUCAGGUAGCCAGCAGUGGAGGUGGUGGUGGUGAUCGCUUCCUUGGUGGCGUUGGUUUUGUUUUUGGUGGGGGCGGUGGUGACGGUGUUGAUGUUUUCGGUGGUGGCGGUGGUGGCGGAAGUAUUGGUGCUUUUGGCGGUGGUGGCCGUGGUAUUAAUGUCUUUGGUGGUGGCGGUGGUGUUGUUGAUGUUUCUGGAGGAGGUGGUGGUGAUCGCUUCCUUGGUGGCGUUGGUUUUGUUGUUGGCGGGGGCGGUGGUGGCGGUAAUAUUGGUGCCUUUGGUGGUGGCGGUAGUAUUGGUGCCUUUGGUGGUGGUGCUGGUGGUGUUAAUGUCUUUGGUGGUGGCGGUGGUGUUGUUGAUGUUUCUGGAGGAGGUGGUGGCGUUGGUUUUGUUUUUGGUGGGGGCGGUGGUGGCGGUAGUAUUGGUAACUUUGGUGGUGGUGGUGGUGGUGUUAAUGUCUUUGGUGGUGGCGGUGGUGUUGUCGAUGUUUCUGGAGGAGGUGGUGGUGAUCGCUUCCUUGGUGGCGUUGGUUUUGUUGUUGGCGGGGGCGGUGGUGGCGGUACUAUUAGUGCCUUUGGUGGUGGCGGUAGUAUUGGUGCCUUUGGUGGUGGUGCUGGUGGUGUUAAUGUCUUUGGUGGUGGCGGUGGUGUUGUUGAUGUUUCUGGAGGAGGUGGUGGUGAUCGCUUCCUUGGUGGCGUUGGUUUUGUUUUUGGUGGGGGCGGUGGUGGCGGUAGUAUUGGUAACUUUGGUGGUGGUGGUGGUGGUGUUAAUGUCUUCGGUGGUGGCGGUGGUGUUGUUGAUGUUUCUGGAGGAGGUGGUGGUGUUUUUGGUGGGGAUGGUUUUGACCUUUUUGGGGGUGGUGGUGGUGGUGGUGGUAUUUCUAGUGGAGGUGGUGGUGGUGUGGAGGUGCUCGCCAACGUUUUGGUGGUGGAGGUGAUGGUCGCCAACGUUUUGGUGGUGGAGGUGAUGGUCGCCCACGUUUUAGUAGUGGCGGUGGUGGUCGGUGCUGAGUGCGAGGAGGAAGGUGAUGGGGUGGAGAAGAACAGCGAAAUGGGGUUCGACAGGCCUGCCCAUUAG